CAUUUGUGCAGUGGAUUUGCUAGUGGUCGGACGUUCGUACUUCACCCCCGAAGGGAUUCCAUACAAGAACAUCCGCAAUAUUCAGGAAGAUGUCGUCGCCACUGCUAUUGGGAAUAAUAGCUGCUCUUUGUCUUGCAUCGAUGUCUAUUGCAAAUGCCGAACCCAUCUCGCUUUGUGAAAAGGAUAUGCAAAACGUCGCCGACAGCACUCCUGCACCCGAUUCCACAUCUGCAAGGUGGACGAAAAUGGCGAGUUUACGACGGACAUCUCCAUUUGCACCGCCAACAAGGUCUUCGACAUGGUCACCUCAUCUUGUCAAGAUGUUGGUACAGGAUAUCUACAGGAUCCUGCGGGCUGCACGACGUUCUACGGAUGUCACAAAGCAAGAGCGAACAGCGAGGGAUACAUCAGGCGACACUUCAAGUGCCCCGGGCAGCUUCGAUUCCACCCAAGGGACAAGCACUGCACCUUCAAGACCAUGGUCCCUGACAAACUCUGCAACAGCAAGUCGAGCUUCCAGCAGAUCAUCGACCCUGCCGACGCCACAAGAGCCCCUGUGGCAGCUGCCCGACUACAACCAGUUCCACAACCACGACCACAACCACUACAACAACCACGACCACACCACCUGCCCCUACUACUUCGGCUGCCACAGGUGCUGGAAGCUCCCCCUCUACCAGCAGCAGCAGCAGCAGCCCUCCUGCCAGAGAUGCCACCGGCGUCCCGACGACGGCGUCCAAAAGUCCUUCCAGCGUCGAAGACAUCGAGAGGAUUACUCAGGUGAUCAAAGGGCAGCUGCUCAACAGACGCCCCAUCAUCAAUAAUAAACCCGGCCUCGAUUCUGCCUCGACGGCUUAACGCCUUUGGGAGAGGUCAUACAAAUCCCACACGAGGUGAAAGAAGGGCACCGCCAGGUCAGCCAGAUGCUUUGCUUUGGACGAAGAGGAAAAUGUGGAAGAUGCCGCGACACCGAUGCUGGUCGCAAUUUUUAGAUAAAAUCAAGAAGAGAGAAAAGGAAUCAUUCAAAGACGAAGACAAACUGCAACAACUACAGAACCGAAGAAAUGAGUUACGCUUGGUUUUAAGAGACCCCACUAACAUAAAACUGAGUACGUUUAGUGAACGUUAAGACCAAUAAUGACACAAGUGCAAAAAUUAAAAUAACUAUAUCAACACAGGAAUAAACGUCUUCAUAACAGACAUACCACUUUUCAAAUUUUGUGAUUAGAAAUGUCAUUGCAUAAGAAGUUUUCCCUACAGGGAAGAAAAAGAAACGAGAAAAUGAGAAUUGCACACAAGUUAAAUAAUACCAAUUUUAUAGUCAUCUACAAAACAAGACUUCGGGAACCACUAACGUUUUGCUUUGCUUUACUAACAUUUCUAGAUGUUUAUUUAUUUUGUUGUUUCAUUGUUUGUUAAGUUUAUAUUAUUAAUAUUUAUUUCAUUGUUAAAACUUAUUUAUUGUCUAUACUGUGAAUCGUUUAUUUAAGCUUGGCUAAUAAAUAUUUAUAGAAAA